AUGAGAGUACGGGUUCCCAUGGACACUACAGACUGGGUAGCAAAGCAUCAGGAGCAGCUGGCUUAUGCCUAUAAGAGAACAUUUGAUUGUCUCAAACAGGCUGGACAGAAAAGUAAGAGGCUUUAUGAUCGUUCUGCCAAAGAAGUCCCGCUCUUGCCUGGAGAGCGAGUUCUGGUGCGUGACCACCGCAGGCGCCAGGCAGGGAAACUAAGUGAUCGCUGGGAGAAAAGACCCUUUGUUAUAGUUUGUAGGCUCCACCCAGAGCGCCCAGUCUACAAAAUUCGCCCGGAGGGUAAGGAUGGCCCUGAACGGGUGAUUCAUCGCAACAAUCUCCGGCCAUGCCUCUACUACACCGCCCCGGAGGCUACAACAGUGCCCUCAAGUGAGCCUCCGGCAUCAAUGUGGGGGCUUUUGCUACCUGUGGGGGAAGUCGUCGAGGAGGGACCUGUACCACCGCCAGAGCCGAGGAGGUCCCAGAGAGCCAAUUUGGGGGCUCGGCCCCAAAGAUACCUGAACUGA